AUGUACCAACACCUGAGACUAACACAACACUUUACUUACAACAGUGUACAUCCUAACAGCGUCCACAUCCUAGCUGUUGUCACUGCUCAGAUGUUGCUAGUAACAAUCCUUGUAGUGGAAGGGAUUGCCGUUGCACAGAAGACACAAGGUGGGCAAAAUAUUGGAGUGAAUCGCAUUCCUCCUACCCAGUGUGACAACUGGGUACGGACAAGUAAUGGAGGACAUUUUGCUUCACCAAACUACCCUAACAUGUACCCACCAAAUCAAGAGUGCAUCUAUAUCUUAGAAGCUGCUCCACGACAAAGAAUUGAGUUGACCUUUGAUGAACCUUAUUACAUAGAACCCUCAUUUGAAUGUCGGUUUGAUCAUCUGGAGGUUCGAGAUGGACCUUUUGGUUUCUCCCCUCUCAUUAAUCGUUACUGUGGUCUGAAAAGUCCUGCGCUAAUUAGAUCAACAGGGAGAUUUAUGUGGAUCAAGUUUACUUCUGAUGAGGAGCUGGAAGGAAAGGGAUUUCAAGCAAAGUACUCAUUUAUACCAGAUCCUGACUUCACUUACCUAGGAGACUGCCAAUUUGAGCUCUCAGGAGCCGAUGGAAUAGUACGUUCCAGUCAAGUAGAACAAGAAGGAAAAACAAAACCAGGACAAGCGGUUGACUGCAUAUGGACAAUUAAAGCUACUCCAAAUGCUAAGAUUUAUUUGCGAUUUCUCGACUAUCAAAUGGAGCAUUCAAAUGAAUGCAAAAGAAACUUUGUUGCUGUAUAUGAUGGAAGUAGCUCUAUUGAAAACCUGAAGGCAAAGUUUUGCAGCACCGUAGCAAACGAUGUCACGCUGCAGACUGGGACAGGUGUGGUACGAAUGUGGGCAGAUGAAGGCAGUAGACUAAGCAGAUUCAGAAUGCUGUUCACUUCAUUUGUGGAUCCUCCCUGCUCAGGCAACACGUACUUCUGCCAUAGCAACAUGUGCAUCAAUAAUUCUUUAGUUUGCAAUGGCAUUCAAAACUGUGCAUACCCUUGGGAUGAAAAUCACUGCAGAGAAAAGAAAAGAACUGGAUUGUUUGAACAAAUCACCAAAACUCAUGGAACAAUCAUUGGCAUCACAUCAGGGAUAGUUCUAGUUCUUCUCAUCAUUUCAAUUCUAGUACAAGUAAAGCAACCUCGCAAAAAGGUUAUGGCUUGCAAGACUGCUUUCAAUAAAACUGGUUUCCAGGAAGUAUUUGAUCCUCCACAUUAUGAACUAUUUUCACUAAGGGACAAAGAAAUUUCUGCAGAUUUGGCAGAUUUAUCAGAAGAACUUGAAAACUAUCAGAAAAUGAGACGCCCUUCAACAGCUUCCAGAUGCAUUCAUGACCACCACUGUGGCUCCCAGGCCUCUAAUAUAAAACAAAGCAGGACAAACCUCAGCUCCAUGGAACUUCCCUUUCGCAAUGAUUUUGCGCAGCCUCAGCCAAUGAAAACAUUUAAUAGCACAUUCAAGAAAAGUAGUUACACUUUCAAACAAGCGCAUGACUGCCCUGAGCAAGUCAUAGAAGACAGGGUGAUGGAGGAGAUUCCAUGUGAAAUCUAUGUUAGAGGAAGAGAAGAUACGGCACAAGGUUCAUUAUCUAUUGACUUUUAA